UGUGGGAGUAGAAAUACAGAAGAAAAACAACUGCUUGAUCACAUGGGUCAAUGGGGAUAUGAUUGGGGAUCUAGACUCUAAAUGAUCACCCUAAUGCAAAUAUCAAUAAUAUGGAAAUAGGUCUUGAUCAAUGACACAUGUAAAACCCAGUGGAAUUGCUCAUUGGCUACAGGAGGGGUUUGGGAGUGGGGGAGGGAAAGGACAUGAAUCAUGUAACCAUUGAAAAAUAUUCUAAAUUAAUUAAAUAAAUGAACCAAAAAAGAAAAAAGAAAAUCAGACUCCCACUCUCCUGACCCAGGUACCUACAUUCACUUCUUGGAAGCUCAUUCAGCUCCUCCCUUAAACAUCCCAAGAUAUGACUAAUUGGCAAAUAGUUAAUUAGGAGCUAGUCCAUCAAAGUCCCAACCCCACUCCAAACCAUAGGUGAUGAAGGUCUUCUAGACAGGAAGAGAAUCCUUGUCUCACUUUUCUAUUAACCAAGCUCCUUUAUCCCCCCACCCCCACCCCACCUCUGGUAUUAUCUUUUUUUUUUUUUAAUUUAAACUUUUCAUUUUAUUUUUAAAAAUAUUUUUCCAUGUUUAUAUGAUUAAUUUUCUUCCCCUCCCCUCUUCUCUCCCUCCUCCCAGAGCUGACAGGCAAUUUUACUGGGUUGUACAAAUGUUAUCAUUUGAUACCCAUUUUCACAUUAUUCAUUUUUUACCAGAGAGCAAUCUUUUAAAGCUGAAACCCCAAAUCAUAUACCCAUAUAAACAAGUGAUAAGUCAUAAGUUUUUCUUCUGCAUUUCUGCUCCCACAGUUCUUUCUCUCAAUGUUGAUAGUAUUCUUUCUCAUAAAUCCCUCAGAUAUGUCCUAGAUUAUUGCAUUGCUACUACUAGUACAGUCCAUUACAUUGGAUAGUUCCAGCUUAACAGUCUCUGUGUACAAUGUUCUCUUGUUUCUGCUCCUUUCACUCUGCAUCAAUUCUUGGAGGUCCUUCCAGUUCACUUGGAAUUCCUCCAGUUUAUUAUUCCUUUGAGCACAAUAGUAUUCCAUCACCAACAGAUACCACAAUUUGUUCAGCCAUUCUCCAAUUGAAGGGCAUCCCCUCAGUUUCCAAUUUUGUUGGCACCACAGAGUCCAGCUAUGAAUAUUCUUGUACAAACAUUUUUCAUUAUUAUCUCUUAACCAAGUUUCUUUAAAAGGAAGAUAUUCCUCAGGAUUCCUAAUGACAAAGAAAAUGUAAAAAGCAGUCUCUGACUCAGAACCCAUAGAAAUACACUGUAAUUCUCUCUAAUCCACAACCCUUCUAUAGAAAUUAAUAUAGUAUAUGAAAAACAAAUACUCACAGGAAAGAAGAGUCUGCAAGAAAAAGAGCACAAGAAACAGAUUGACUAUCAGUCUGAUAGUUUAGAAAGAUACAGCCUUUCUGUCUACACCACCAAUCAAAGGAGGCUAUCCCCACACAUAUGUAGGCAGAGUGCCUCCAUUUUAGGCAGUCAAGGGAUGUUAGACAAGCCUCCUUCCAAUUAAAAAAAAAUGUAUUGAGUUGAAUAAAAUAUUUGUGAAGUGAGACUCAAGUAUUACUAUUUCAGUUUUCCAGAUAAGGAAACUGAGGUUAGAGGUAAAGAAGAGUCAUUGCUACACUAAAAAGUGCAUCACAACAAAGUGUAUCCUACCACAAUACAGAGCACCCCAUCUUCUGCAAGUCCUUCUCUGGAUCUGUUUCCUCAAGAGUGAAAGGAAACAGUUAAUUGGUGAGCUCUAAGGUCCCUUUGGUCCCUAAAUCCUUUGAUUCUUAAAUCCUAUGAUGCUAUGACCCACUCGUCCAAAUACAACCUACUAAAGCAAAGGCAAAUUGAAAAAAAUGAGGAUAUGCUUCUCCCUAUUGCCCCCAUGUGGCCAGAGAGAGUAUUAAAAGAAUUAACAAAGCAGGGAAGGGACCUCUGGGAGCAUUUAGUCCAGAGGUUUCCAAACUCUUUGAUUUCAGGACCACUUUAUACUCUUAAAAACUAUUGAGGACUCCUCCAAAGAGCUUUCAUUUAUGUGAGUUAUAGCUAUAAAUAUUUACCAUAUUAAAAUUAAAACAAAUUUUUAAAGUGUAUUAAUUUACUUAAAAUAAUGGACAUGUUACAUUUUAAUACAAAUAUAUACUUUUUAAUGAAGAUAACUAUAGUUUCCAAAACAAAAAAAAAAUGUAGUGAGAAGAGAAGCAUUAAAAUCCUUUUAGUGUCUUACUACAUAGAAGAUAGCUAGAUUUUCAUAUCUGCUUUUGAAUUCUGUAUGUUGAAUAUAUUUUAUUUGAAGUAUCUGAAGAAAAGCUGGCUUCAUGUAAUGUAGUUUGCUAGGGGAGAAGUAUUUUAAUAGGCAGAUCUUUAUGUUAAUCAGUUUGACUGUGAGGGUAGAGGAUCUUGGGCACACCUCUGAAAUCAGACCACAUUUUGAAAACUGCUAAUCACAUCCAACCUCUAUUCUUCAAAUGAGGAAACAGAGCCCUAGAAAGGGAAAUGACGUGAUCAAGGUCACAUGACUUGUUCCUGGUAGAACUAGUCUGAAGGUUUUUCAGAUGAGGGCCAGAGAAGAAAGGACCAGAGGUCUAGUGUAAAGUAAUGUUCUGUUGUUAUCUCAAACCCUUCCUGGAGCAAAUAAUCCAAUUCAACAAACCUUUACCGAGUUAGGGGGAUGUCUACCCCAAGCGUGUGAAGUCUUCCUAGAUCUGAAUGGGCAGAUGAGAGCAAUUUGUUCUAACCACCAUGAAAGCAGGUGAAGCAGCCACUGUGGAACGCCUAGAGCUUGGUCAGACAUAAUCCAAUAUCAGGAUAUAGAGCCUUGCAUGCUACACACAUAAUCUGUUCUAUCUCUUGUCAACAUUGGGAUGAAUUCAAGUUUCUUGGGUUUCUGGUUGAUCUUAUGGAAGAAGUUAUUUACUGUAGUUUCUCAUUGUACUUUCUGAUCCUUACUUGGUUUGGUAUGAACUUCGUGGUUUUGCGGGGGUAGGUCUAUGAAAAUUGAGAGACUAACUGAUUCAGGCAGCUAUCUUGGACAGAAGUGCAAAUCUAAGAUUUAUAUGAUGAAUUUAGCAAAGCUUAAGCAGAUUCAUAGGACAGGUGGCAAUCAGAGAAAGAGGAAUAACCUAAAGGGAAUCAAAAGUCAAUAUAGACUUAACUGUGUGACCCUGGACAAGUCAUUUAAUCCCAGUGGCCUACCCCUUAUCUUCUGCCUUAGAGUCCAUUCUAAGACAGAAGGUAAGGAAUUAAACACGCCCACCAAAACCAGUCUGUCUGUCUGUCUGUCUAUCUAUCUAUCAUCUAAAUUUUGGGGCCACCAAAGAUCUGGGAGGAAGAAUAAAGUGAGUAUUAGCAGAAUAGUUUACAUAAGGGUAAUAGCAAUGUAGACUUCAGGGGACAAUGCAAUGAACAAUAAUGACUUCAAAAAGCUAAAGAUAUAGCAUACUUCCUUUUUCCUGGGGAAAAAAAAAAGAUGGAUGAGAUGCUGAAUAAAGAAUAUAUUUUCAUAUAUAGUUGGCAGUUCCUCAGGGGAUCCUUGAUCAGCUGAGUUCUUCUAACUCCCAUGAAGAAGAAAUUACAAGAUAUAAAGGGUAGCCAAUCAUAAGACCCUGAAUGCAGAAUGAGACAGAUUUUUAUGUAUUGAAAACAGAAUACAAGCCAGGAUACAAAAUUAGGUUAUUUGAUGUCUAAUUGGAGGAAAGAUUAGGGGCUUUCUAAGUUAGGAAUAGAGUAGGUUUCAGCCUUUCUUUCCCCCGAAUUGAGAUGCUGAUUAAUUUCAACUAUCUACAUUUAUGAUACAAUAGAUGACUUGUACCAUCUAGUUUUGCAUGGAUUAUUUUCAGCAAAGUAGAGAGAUGGAGAAUAAUACAUGUGUCAGCACAAGAUGGAGUUACUAUCAUGAGAUAGAACUUAAUUGGUUCUCUCAAUUCCUUCCCCAAUCAAUUCCACUGGUCUUCAUUCCAUUUUGUCAGUAACAGAUAAUUCAGUAUAAGUGUCUUAACAAAGAGAACCAGGCCUGAAAACAGGAGGUCCUGGGUUCAAAUAUGACCUCAGACACUUCCUAGCUAUGUGACCCUGGGCAAGUCACUUAACUCCCAUUGCUUAGCCCUUACCUCUCUUCUGCCUUAGAACACAGUAUUGAUUCUAAAACAGAUUAUUAGCUCCUAGAGCUUGGUCAAACAUUGAAGAUGCCAAGGUCAUCCACUGUAUCUGGAGCCAUCUCCAGUCCUUCUGACUUUUGUCCUGCCACUGGGCUUUAAUAACUCUGGAAGAGAGUGAGGCUUAUGACUUUGUGCAACUGGGCCUCACUUAAACCCAACUCAUGUUCCAGUCAAGCCAACACCCCCUGGUUUCCUCUUUGAAAGCAAAGAUUAGAAUGGUAUUAUUCCUUAGUCAGCUCAAGCAAAUUCCUAGGGGAGCUGAUAACCAGAGAGAUCAGUCACUAGAUUUGAGAGUCAGUAGAUGUAUUAGAAUUAAGUUUUGUAAUCUCCAAUCUGGGAAUGGAAGGACAGGGUGCAUCAAUGAGUAUACUAUGUGGACCUCUUUUUAAAAUUCUCUAUUGGUACUUACAUGAGAAUUCUGUUUUCAAAUGUAGCUAACUCAUAUUUCCCUGUUUCUAAGGCAGGCAGCAAGACAUGAGAGGAUAACUCCCAUUACAUUCUAAUUUACCUAUGGGAAAGGAUUUACCCAAAAGGGUACCUAUACCACUUGCCUGGACUUUAGGUGUCUCCAGCUCUUCUGAGUUCCAUAGGAUGAUCUUUCAACUUUAUAGAGGGAGUAUGAGAACUCUACCUCAGUAUCUUCCCUUAUCUAUUACCAACACCAUGUGAAUGUUUGUGUGUAUCUUUUAAAAAUAACCCCCUGUAGAAGAAUAUUGAGGUUCCAAACCAUAAGUGGUAAAUGAAGUAUCCCCUACCAUUAAAAAAUGGGAGAAGAAAAGUCUUGUGCAAAUGUGCAUAAGAAAACGGGCUACCUUGCUACCCUUGCAAUAAUGUGUUCACUGUCUCCACCUCCUACUCUUCACUCCCCAGACAUUGGUCUCAUGGCUUGAGAACUCAGGAAAGGGUUGGAGGAUAGAGGAUAUGGGGAGGGAAGCUGUGAGAGUAGAUGAUAAGGGGUUCUGUACGGUUCCCCCCUCCUUUGGAAAACCAUGGGCUCCUAUCAGGCCAGCAUUUCUUUCCCCCACCCCCUUCCUGCUCUUGCCCCAAACCCAGCAUCUUGCCUCCUUGUAGGGUGAACCAAUAGAGGCAUAUAAGCAUAUUGCAUAUAUAGAGGCAGAAACUAUGAUUUUGAGGAGCUCAUGGGAAAUGGACCCCAGGCUAUUCUUAGUCCUCUUUCCACUCCUCUUGGGCAUCUCCCAUUCCCAACCUCCCUGUGAGAUCCAUAAAGUGGCUAGCAAGCUGGAAACCAACUGUGAAUCCCUUGGGUUGAAGGCUGUGCCAUCAAAGCUGUCCCCAGACACUGCCAUACUCCACCUUCAGAAUAAUGGCUUGAAAUCCUUCUCCACUUCUUCCUUCAGUCUUCUCACCCAACUCACUGAGCUCUACUUAGCUAGAAACAAUAUAAGUGUUUUGGUGGCAGAUGGGAAGCUGCCACUCCUCUCUGUCCUGGACCUCUCUGACAAUGCCCUAAAGGUACUGCCCCAACUAGGGCACUCCCUUCCCUCUCUCACCUUCCUUGACCUGUCCAGAAAUGCCCUAGAAUCCUUGUCUCCAGGAGCCCUGGAUGGUCUGAGUUCUCUGGAGAACCUCUAUCUUAGAGACAACAAGCUGAGAAGCCUGCCCCAAAACUUUCUACAAGCAACACGCAAACUUGAGAAGCUGGAUCUGGCAAACAAUUACCUGGAACAUCUGUCAGCAGACCUCUUGGCAAAUCUCAGUAAUCUAAACACCCUCUUCCUACAGAAUAACCUGCUCUCUGUCCUUCCAGUUGGCUUCUUCUUCCAUAGCCCUAGGCUGGCUUACGUCUUUCUCCAUUCCAAUCCAUGGAACUGCAACUGUGAUCUCCGAUACCUACAUCGCUGGCUACGGGAAAAUCCAGGUAGUGUCUACCUCUGGAAGGAAGGUGUGGAUGUCAAGGCCAUGACUCCAAAUGUGAACACUGUAGAGUGUAAGGUUCCCUCCAAGACAGCUGUCUACUAUUUCUCUAUGAACUGUCCCAUCACUGGGGAUAACGACUAUGACAGCUAUGACAGCUAUGAUGGGUAUGAUGAGCUAACUGUGACAGAAGUCCCAGAAUCUAAAACUACCACUAUUCCAAUCACCACUAACCAGGAGCAUUCCAUAUUCCUUAGUAGCUCAAAAAUUACCACAAUGGAACCUACCACAUUCUCAAUCACCCCAGAAACUACCCCAACUACCCAAGGGUCUACUACAUUCCUUAAAAGCUCCCAAAUAACUGUCUUCCCAUCUAAGCCAAAGUUCACUAGGUUCCUAAUCUCAGAGACCACAUUUCAAAUCGCCCCAGAAACUACCACAUCCCCAACUACCCAAGGGUCUACCACAUUCCUUAACAACCCAGAAACAACUAUGUUCUCAACUAUGCCAGAACUCACUAGGUUCCCAAUUUCUUCAGAAGCUAACAUAUUUCAGAUCACCGCAGAGGCCUCCCAAUUCUCAGAAAAUCUGAAAACAACUAGAUUUUCAACUUCUCCAGAACCUACCAUAUUCCCAACACCCUCAGAAACCACUCCAAAACUUGUUACAUUUCCAAGCACACAUUCAACUCUACAUACUUCUUCUAUACCUGUUACUUCUACCAGCCUCUCUUCAACUUUAACUCUCAUGAAGUCCAAUAUUCUCCCACCGAAUGAAUUCGUGGCCCUAGGAAGCUUAGGUUAUCCCAGAGACUCUUCUCCUCCCACUUCCAUCUCCUGCUGCCUUCUCUCUCUGGUGUUCUACAUCUUUGGAAUAGCUUGGGUUCUGGUCUCUUCCAUUGUUCUCAUUCUCUUUUUAGCUCUAGCCCAGCCCCCACCUCAUCUGCUAAGAAACUAUCCUUUUAUAGAAGACAACCCCAACCCACAGACCACUGUUCACCUUGAACUCCUUAAGGGGAAGGAGGUGAUAGUUCAUAGAAGUUGGCUCCUUUUUCUUGAGGGAUUAGUACCUUCCUUCCGCACUAGACUCUUUCUGUGGGUGCGUUCUGAUGGCCGAGUGAGACCUCUGACUCUAAAGAGGAAACCAUCUGCCUUGAGCCUGGGGCGAGGGGAGGAUCUGCUAGGGAAAGUCAGCAUUAGGUAUUCAGGCCACAGCCUCUGAAAGGACCAACCUCAAAUAAACCAAGUCAUGCUCCAGGUAAAUUAAUCUAGUACCCUAAGUGACUUGGGAUGUGACAUGUUCUUCUGAAAUCCAGGGGCAAGAUCUGAACCCAUAAUAAAAAUUUCUCCAAAUAAUCAGUUCUUAUUGUGUGUGUUGGGCAAGGGGCAGGGUGUGAAGAUGUUGGGUCUUUGGAAUGAUGGGAGAUAUACUGGUGGGGUAGAAGGAUCUUUGACCCUUUCCUUCUCCCCAUUAUCACAGUGGUGGUGAGACUUUCAAGAAAGAUUUUCCUUGGGGAAGCUAGGUGGCUCAGUAGAUAGAGAGCCAGGCCUAGAGAUGGGAGGGCCCAAGUUAAAAUCUGAUUGAAACUACUUCCUAGCUAUGUGACUCUGGGCAAGUCACUUAACCUCAGUUGCUUAGCCCUUACAGCUCUUCUGCCUUGGAAUUCUUGGAUUCUGUCUUAGAAUCUGCUAAGAUUCUAAGACAAAAGGUGUUUUUUUAAAAAAAGAUAUGCCUGAAAGUAAUUGGAGAUGGGGAUGGAUCCAAGGGGAACAGAUCAUUCUAGAAUUAGGAGGGAAAAGAUUGAACUUCAAAGCCAUAUGUAUUAGUACUUCUUGUUUUUUAAAACCUUAUCUUUUGUCUUAGAACCAAUACAAAUAUCAGUUCCAGGGCAGAAUGUUGAGGGUUACACAAUUGGGAUUAAGUGACUUGCCCAGGGUCACACAGCUAGAAAGUGUCUGAGGCAAAUUUGAACCCAGUCUCUCCCAACUCCAUGCCUAGCUUUCUAAACACUGAGCUACCUAGCUACAUCCCAUAGCACCCUCUUGAUGCUCUUUCCUCUACAGCAGAAUUUUAUAGGGGAGAGAUAAUUAAGAUUAUCACCAUGCUAACAUUCUAUUCCCUUAAAAUCUUAAACAUUUUAUGUCCUGGGAAGACUUUCUCCUCCAAUUAUCUUCCUAAACAAGCCCCAACAGAGACCAUUCUCCCUUCUUUAAUAAGACAUCCUCAGCCACUUAACUUUUCCUCCCAACACCCAGCACAGCCCAAAACUGUCUCCUGAAAUCCAGCCCCAUCUCUCCAACUACCUUCAGGGUACCUCUUCUUGGAUGUCACACAAAAUUUCAAAAUCCAGGCAAAUCAUAACCUCCCUAAACUUUUUUCUUACUAUUUAAUACCAAAAGCAAUAAAAAUCCAUUGUUAACCAAGUUCAAAAUAUCUAAUUCCUUUUGCCAUGGAAUUUUGUACCAGGCUCUGGUCUUGACUUCUUUUACCCAGUGAUGGUGGAGAUUUUAAGGAGAUCCAUGUAAAAAAGAAAAAAUCAGGCAUCUCCCAGUUCAUUCUCAACAUCCUUCAAUGAUCACCUUCCUUAACUUUAGUUUGCAUAUGGGUUAAGAAUCGAACAAUCAUAUUCACAUUUGUGCCUCUGGUCACAAAAACAGGACAACUGUUUACCU